CCCAGCGCUGGCUCACAUACACACACCUAGGCACUAGCACGCCUUCUCUUAAUUUAGCCAAGCCAAAUAAAAAAAGAACCAAACCAGCUUUUUCGGGCCGCAUUUGUAGUGUUGUUGGUGCUUAUUGAUACGAAUAAAAGGCCACGCGAUGAUAAGCUUUCUGUUCAUUGUAAAUCGCGCGCUCAGCAGCAGCACGGCGGCAAACUUAUCCAGCAAGAAGAUGACCGCCCCGGGACCACGCCCCCUCGUCCUCUGCGGCCCCUCAGGAUCCGGCAAGAGUACGCUCCUCAAAAGACUCUUUGCCGAAUUCCCAAACACCUUUGGCUUUAGUAUAUCCCAUACCACGCGGAAACCACGAGAAGGUGAGGAGCACGGCGUGCACUACUAUUUCGUGGAACGUCCAGAAAUGGAGGCAGCCAUCGCUGGAGACGAGUUCAUCGAAACGGCUGAGUUUACGGGAAAUCUGUAUGGUACCAGCAAGGAAGCAGUUCGUGAAAUCCAGGCCCAAGGUAGAGUCUGCAUUCUGGAUAUCGAACAGAAGGGUGUGGAGCAGAUUCGACGAACGGAUCUCAAUCCCAUACUGAUCUUUAACAAUCCUCCGAGUAUCAAGGAACUAGAACGACGACUGCGUCAACGUGGCUCGGAAACGGAGGAGUCGCUUGCCAAACGGCUGAAUGCUGCCCAGGUGGAACUGGAUUAUGGAUUGACGCCCGGUAAUUUCCACAAGAUCAUUAACAACGUGGACAUUGAUGUGGCCUACGAGGAGUUCCGAAACUUUGUAGUAAAAGAGCUUAAGGAACAGGAGGCUCAGGGAGUGGCUAUUACUCUGAAGUAAGAUAAAGGUAGCUUUGAAAGAUGAUGCGAUGAUAUUAACCUCAAUAGGGUGGGGGUAUAUAGUUUUUUUUUUAAAGGUUCGUAGGCAAAGAAAGUAAUCUGUAUAUGUUUAUCAAUGGAAACUAGGUUUUUUAUCAAAUUGUAUCUAAGACUAAAAGGAAAACCAGGUAUUUUGUUAUAGUUUCAUAUUUAAGACAAACAAAAAGGUUUGAUUCCUACAAACUUCUAAUAUUAUUCUAAGUUUUGUUUUACAAAAUAGGUUUUAAAAUAUUUUUUUUAACUUAAGACUUAAUUCAGCCCUGAAAGAUGUUCAUAUUUAUUAAUCUACUUAAUUCAAAGCAUUUAAUUUUCUACAAGUAAGAUUUGUUUCUUCCAAAGUUACUUAUUUUGUAGAUUAAUAUAGGCGUUAUUCGACCAAGUAAAUAUUUGUGUUAAAGACCGCCAAAAUUAGCCCAAUUAGACUUGCAAACUUGACCUAUAGUUUCCAAUGAAUGUGCGGAAUAUAGAUUACUUUCCGUGUCCCCGAUUCGUGUGGUGCACCCACCCUACAAUCACGUUGACUAAUGGCAUUUAUACUUAAGGAAUGGCUUGUAUUUAUUAUUCUCCUUCUGUCCACCUUACUGUUGUGCAAAUUCGUUGUUGUAGUUGUAAUUUUAAGCUGAAAGUUGUUGCGCUGCUUCACGGUCUCGGAAAACCGGGGAGGCAAUUAAAAUGGAAUCAAUAAAGCAAACAGUUGCGGGUAUAUUGUA